AUGCGAAAAGUUGUAUUAGCUUUGUUGAUGCUGGCGAUCCUUGCUGUAACGGCGGAUGCUAAGCCUCGUCCCAAGGUAAGUCAUGAGUUUAGCCAGUCCAAUUACUGACCGGAAACGAUGUAAAAAAGAUCCCAUCAGCAAGUAAUAAAAUUCUCUGUUUCCGGGCUUUUUAACAAUAAAUAUACAUACAAAAAUAAUAAUUUAUUUUUUUUCAGCCUACUUUACUUAGGUGUUUUACAAUAGGGUCCUGAAAAAACGAAAUAAAUAAAUGAAUAUAAAUGUAAGCAAAACAGCAACAAGAAAAACUAGUUAAAUAAAUAUAAAAAUUACUACUAAAAACUAAAUAUCCUCCCUCAAUCCAACAGCACCUAAACAUACAAAUCUGAGAUUAUUUUAAUAGAGUGAUGCUAAAACUACUAAAUACAAAUAUUUAUAAAUAUAAAUUACUAUAAGGUAGCCCCCGUGCCCUUUAUAAGCUUCUUAAAAGCAAGAAUAUCCCGGCCCAGCUUCUGCGUGUAUCAUGAUUCAAAUCAUUCCAGUCAUUACUACAUGUAGCAAAAUUAAUUGAUGUCCAAUGGCUCCAUUUGCGCUUAGCAUUAGUGUAACGUAUGUUGAACUUACAUCUGGAAUUAUACUCAUGAAAAUCUUAAUGAUAUCUUAGAUCAAUCCUAAGUGAGAAAAGGUUGUUCCUACAUUUAUAAAUGAAUAUUAAACGAUGCAACUUUCUUAUUAUCUUGAGAUUUACCCAAGAAAGCCUCCCUAAGGCAGAACUUGCAUGCAGACGAUCGAUAAGAAAGGUCUAAGAUGAUACUUCCAGAAAAAUUGGGUGGGGUGUGCCCUACGCUUCCUGAAACCCUUACCCUAUUUCAGACCAAAAUCUGUGUUUUUCCCUACUCUUUCUCAGACCUGAUGAAAGAUUCGAUACCCAAAUUCAGACGGGAUUUUUAACAAAAUGGGUGAUGUCCCUUAAAAAAAAAAGCGUUUGAAGUCCAGAUUGCUAUAAAAUUACAAGUUACGAGAAAAUACCGGGUGAAAGGCAGAAUACAUGCAAGUCCAGAGAGAAAAGAAAAAAACAACGUUCUGUUCAAAGUCGGCGCGGGUAAGAAGACUGAAGCAAGAAGACUGAACUUGAUUAAGUUUGUUCAUUUAUGGUGGCUCCCCAGAGUAAAUUGGCGGUGCGCAGCCUUAGCAUUAGUAUGGUGCCAGCUUUAAAAUCCGCGCGACGUCCACGCAAAAAUAAAAGAAAAAAUGGCCUCUUAGUUUCGAAAUAUUCCCACCCAAAAAAUUAAACUUUAUUAACUUUCUGUUGAAGCUCAUUGUUCAAAAAGUUUGACUAGUGUAGGUCAAACAUUUAUGAGAGGAGACAAUGUUACACCGGUUACAAGUCACUAUCGAUCUCCAUAAGAGUAAAUAGCUAGUAAAUUGUAUGUAAAAACAAAGCAGAAAUUUUCCAAAGACAUCAAUUCUUUCGCUUCAAAAGUAGACAAAUGUUAAAUAGUCGAAGUAAAUGGUGAGUGGAAACUUUACUAAGAAAAUAAAGAAGUAAAUACACUAACUCAGAAUGAAGCAAUGUUGCUGUUUCUUGCCUUUGGUUCACGGUCAGUGGAAAGAUAUGAAAGAUUGAGCCAAUUCCCGAACAAACACUGAAGAUUGUCUUCGCUGGCGGAGCUCCUCUGUCACUUAAUUUCUCUUACAUUUGAUUUGAUUUAAGUAAUUCUAUAAGUGGCUUUAAGACAAGAUUACAGGGAGUGUAAACUCUUUUUUUUGUUUUGCCGACUCUAUAUCACAUUGUUUAAAAUACCAAGAGAGGAUAAAAAGGACGGAGAAGGCAUCCCCCAUACACACCCUAUUCCAUAGGUAAUUCGUCUCGAGUUAUUUUUAACACCACAAAUCUCAAGGGGGAUUAGACAACAGCCAAUCACAUAACGCGAAUGUGUUCCGCGUGGAUGACCCACGCUCAGAGCCACGCGUCUUUCACGAAUUGACGCAGAACAAAAUGGAGGACGCGGAGAGCGAUAUUUCUAUUCGUUUUGUCGACGAAGAUUUUUGCUAAAGCUUUGUCAGCGAAACGGAAUUUAAAAAAGAAUCGCCCUUUCUCUCUUGUGUGGAGCUAACAGUACAGCGCUGAACAUUCUCUCACCCCUCAUUUAUUAUUUACAGUUUGAAGAGAGAAAUUUCUGGUUUGAUAUUUAUUCUUUUAUUAGUCCUUUAUUACUCAACAAAAAUAACACUUGGCGUCCUACUUGCUUUAUUGUACAAACGACCGGUUUCAAUAGACCGGCGAAAUUUCUCAUUUUAUUAAAGCACUGAGGUUACGACGUCUUUGAGUUAAACUGAUUUCACGGGUUGUCAAAGAGUCCAGCGAUUCCCUUUUCACAGGUGAGCGGCGACUCAUUUCGCUUCAAAAUUCAGGAAUGCUCUCGAUCUCUUUACGCUUUCAUUGCCUUUCGCCCGACACGUUUUGCACGGCAUUUAGUCAUGCGAAACCCCCCCGAAACAUCCACGCAGCGCGCGAGGUAACUUUAUCCCGAUUCUAAAAAUAACUCGAGACGAAUUACCUAUGGAAUAGGGUGUGUAUGGGGGAUGCCUUCUCUGUCCCCUUUAUCCUCUCGUGAAAAUACUUAUCAGAAAAAAGGUUUCCCACUUAACUUGUAUCCUAAUCAAAGGAACCUUUCCAUCGACAAACCAACAUCCUUGUAUUUUUUCUUGUUUCAAACGUCCUUCAGCACACAUGCAAGACGCACUAGAAAAUGUUUUUGCACGACGAGAAAUACUUUUUACUCGCAGAUUGACCCUUGACAAAAGCAAUAGUUGUCCAUCGAGACCUACCGUCUUGUACGUGUAGCUUAGGACAUGAUGUACGAUUUAUAGACCGGUGCCAUCUUUUACAGCAGACUUUUAAAGAAAAACGUCGCCGUAGAAAUUAUCCCUAAAGAAGAACAAGGUUGAAAGAAGAGGGCUGACAUUUGAAGAUCUGCAAACAGUGUACAGCAGAUUAGGAAAUGAAGGGCUUAUUAGAAUCCUUGCACAACCACCGUCUUCAUUUCGGACGAUCGCCAUCUUCACGAGUGACCACCACGGUUCGAAUUUUAGCGACAAUAGUCAAGUACUUCGAAGAAAACAUCCUGUGUUAGGUAUAAAAUUGAAUCCGCUAUCUCUCCUUUUUGGACUGGCGAGAUAUUACCCUAAUAAUACUAAUAAAGGGCUUCAAAACAAUGGCUUUCUUACUCUUCAAAGAAACCACAUGUUUUCAGUAGCUUUGUGCAUUAUACGCCUGCGGGCGUGAUGGCUUUCCUAGAGGAUAAAACGUCAGCACCUCACGUUUUCAGUAGCUGUUCGUUCACCACUCGCGCACAUUUUGAGAAAAGUUGAGUGAUGGUCAGUUGUUAUGGUUAGUUAUAUGGUUACGAGAUAUGACGUCAUAAGUAGCAGGUGGUCAAGCCAUGUUUGAGUGAAAGUACAUGUUUUUUCAACUUUUUUCAACAAUAAAAGUAAUUUAUUUAUAAUUCACUUAUGUGUUAUUUUUCAUGUAAAGGGCAAAAAAUUUCCAUUUCUCGCGGUUUUAACCUGAUUUUUAGUUCUUGUUAAAAUCCAAGAUGGUGGCCAAGAUGGUGACCAUUGUUGGUGACGUCACAGGCCUCCAGCAGCUCAACCACCUAUAAAAUAUACCUCAUUUUGUUAAGAAGAUUAAAGGCUUUUCACUAAAGGUAAAAUCGUUUCGAAAUACUGCAACAAAUCAAAAACUCCGGGGAGGGUUCCAUCCACCCACCCACCUUGUACCACGGUCGGGGUAUGACUUUGCGUGUAAGUCCGAGAGUUAAGGAUUUUCUUUUCAAAUAUUCGCCGAAUAUUUGUUUGGAAUUGUUAGCGGCCAAGUGGAUGAACCGUUGAGCAUUUAUGCUAUUAUAGUUCUGCUCCGUUACGUUUGCCCAAUAAUUUUUUUCAACAAUCUAAGUUAUCAAUAAACAAACUACGUUUAGUUAAAAUGGCUAAUACUCUAAAUCGAGGUGGCAUGGGUGAUAUAAUUAUUGACCUUCCAAUUUCUACCAAUUUUGUGUACCUUUUAAGUACCGAAAAAAUGCUGGGAGAAGCUAUAGCCGUUCGUAGCUCAGGCUUAACCAUUUUCUGAUAAAAGUAGGUAAAUGCAACGGGGAAGGGUAUAGUUCUUUGCAGCUGUACGAGUCACGAUUAAGUUAUUUCAAUCAUAAGGCUAGAAUUAUUAUUGUAAACCUCUUUCAGCUUGCCAAUAAAUAAAUAUUAAAUAGAUAAAUAAAUAAAAAGCUCUUUAUUAGGUUCCAAAAAACAAACGUUCUGGAUUAUAAUAGGCAAUUAAAUAGAAUUGAAGAGGCAUCUAUUAAUAAAACAGCGUUUAAAACGUUCGGUCCUAAUCUGAGAAAGUAUAUAGGAAUGACCACGAUUCCUUAGCAAACUUGUUUUACUGGGUGGGAGGAGAUCUACCAAAGGGCCUUCAAGAGACGUAGUUAUAUUCUUCCAUAACUUAUUAUCUUAGGACUCUAAAAAAAAAGCAUUUUAUUUGAGUGUCAAUAUAUUAGCACGAAAGUACCAAUUGGGGACACUAUAUUUUACGUCUCCAACUGGAGACGGGACCGCCAUUUUACGUGGUCAUCCGAGCCACGCGAAGGUCUAGCCUGUUGCAGUGCAAAGGGAGUACCUUCAUUUCUCGGUUAUUUUAAGUGCAAAGGGAGUACCUUCAUUUCUCGGUUAUUUUAAGACCCUGAGUAUUGUUCCGGCCCCACGAAUCGAACCCGCGACCUCCCGCUCUGCAGUCAACACGCUCUACCGACUGAGCUAACACUGCCGCGGUAAAAGGAGGAAACCAAAACGAACUGCUCUUUUCUGAACUUGUCAAUUUUGGAAAGAUACUUAUCAUAUCUAGCAACACUCCAUACUAAAAUGCUAUAAGUAAAAAUAGGUAUAAUCAAACUAUGGAAGAGGUGCUGUAGAAAGUCUAGACUAUAGCCAGGUUUCUUGCACACUCGUAAUAUGUGUAUACGCCUUCCUGCUUUGCUAAGAAGGGCAUCAAUUUGCUUGUCCCGAUUUGUAGGAUUACUAUGAAGGCAAACACCUAGAAGAUUAAGAAAUUCUUCCUGAUUGAUAUCAAAAGUGAUAGUGGGGAGGGGUCUCUCAACGUUACCCUUAACAACCAUCUCCUUAGUUUUAGUAAGGUUUAUAGUCAUAAGGUUGUCCAGGGCCCAACUGAGUAUUUUGCACUUCUUGGGGAGCUUGGUCCAUGUAUAGUGCCCUAAGGCACACCUCUGUUUAUAGGCUUAAGGGGGGGUCGUGUCACCGUCAGCUAUAAUUACUCUUUGUUGUCUAUUAAAUGAAAAAUUAAUCAUCCAAUUAACAAUGUAGGGAUUGAUGGGCAAUUAUGAAGUGAUUCAGUGAGUCAAAAGGCUUGGAGAAAUCAAAGGCAAAAACCCUAACGCCCUAACGCAAUCUUCUCCUCCAGUGUCAAGCCAUUUAAGCCACAUGUGUUGGCUUUUAAUGAGAGCCUGGAAAGUAUUCGUAACUUCCCUAUAUGCAAAUUAAUCUAGCAAUAGAUAGGAUCUAAUUACAGGCUUAACUUCUUAACUUAAUUUGAAAGCAAAGAGAAUUCAAACCUUAGAAAAUGCAUUCAGUACUUAGGACACCAUUCCAAGGCUACAUGCCAAAAAUCAGCCAAAUCGAUGAGGUACCCGGUGUCAGGCCAAAGUUCGGAUUUUACAGAAAAUCACUUUUAACACUUAGAUCUACAGUUUCGCAUAGGUUACUGAAUUGGUUUAAGCCUUUAAGCGUUAACAAAGUUUUUUCCAAAGCAGGGACGUCUAAAUCCAUGGAAGUUUAAGACGUAGAUUUUUUCCUUUUAGAAACCUUUGGCGCAACUUUCAGGGACGUUGUCGGAGGCUCGCAUCUUCACUGCAGAUACUUGUAAGAUUUUAGUAUUAAAAUGCCUGACAACAGUUAUUAACAGCUAACCGUUUAAAGGGGCUACGUCGCGGGGAUGUAUUGCUGUAAAGUUCAGUGCGUUUACCCAUGCACAAAAUGCUCCUUUAGAGUGAAGAAUUUCAUCAGGGAGCACUUAUUAUGAUCGUUUUUGGGUGAUUUUUGCAUAAUAGCAUUAAAACGUUAUUUCAAGUUUCAAGCCAUGUUUAUGCGCUGGUUAUCCAUAAAAAACAGACGAUAGGAAACAGCUCCAAUGCGUAAAUAUAGUCUUAAAAGACAAAUCUGGACCAUUAGCGGUUAUAGAAUUCGAUUGAUGCGAAACCUGAUCGUUUUAGAUUUUCAACUGAGAGAUGGGAAAUAGCACAACUUUGCCCCUUUAAGACCUGGUUAACAUGCAGUUUGAACAUAUUUUAAUCUUUUAGUUACCCUUUUUGCUAGGGCUGUCUGACCUUGAGAACGAUGAAGCAUUUAAAGGUUUCAAGUCUGAACACGGCCUAUUGGAAGUAAAGCAACGUGGUGCCUAUUACAUCUAUGCUCAAGUGUUUUUUGAAAUCUACCAAGACGGCCCUGAAUAUCACAACCGUGUGGCAAUAACUGUAAAUGGAAAACCAUUUGCCUUGAUGCAAACAGGCCUCGGAAACAAAGCUGACUAUGGCAGCGUUUACACAGGUGGAGUUAUCCGGUUGAAAAAGGGCGAUAAGAUCGGCUUGAAAACCGUUUACGAAAGCAGGUUAUGGCUGUCAGCUAAACAUACCUUCCUCGGUGCAUAUAAAAUUUGA